UCAGCGGGUUAUUUGAUUUGAAUUUUUUGUUUUGUUUUCGUCUGCUCGAUUUUGUCUCCGAAUUUAUUUCUUGUUUUGUUUAUAAAAAUGUAUAAAAAUAAAAGAUUCAAUAAAGGUACGAAAACAAAAGCUCCUUUAAAUACAAUUGGUGAAGAUACAACAAUUAAAAUCCCGCGAUUAGAAAAUCCAAUUGAUAAAGAAAAUGAAACCAAUAAUGAGAAUGACAACAACGAAAAAGAACUCUUUAGCCAGGAAGCUUUGGAAGCAAUCCCAGCAUCUCAGGAACCAACCCAAAGAUAUCUUUCACAAAGGAGCACACUCUGUCGCACUCAGUCGCGCAGCACUCAACGACCACCUACCACAUAUUUUGAGUUGGUUUUAAUAAAAUCAGGCGUGAAUCUGGAUUCUCCUGAUAAUUUUGUUAUUUCUUGUGAUCAUGUCGCAUUUGUUUGUAAAUUCCGAGAAAUAUUCGUUCAAUGUCAAAACUAUCCAUCCAAUGUGGAAACAUUCAAAACUGGCCUUAAAAAUGCUUUGAAUGACAAGAAUCUGGCAAUGAAAUUGCUUAGUGGAUGUACCAUUAACUUGCCAGGAGACGAGAAUCCGUAUUUAUCGCAAGACAGUAUGAUGGUCAAUUUCCUAAUGAUUGACUUUCUUCAGGAAAUUGCAAUAAAUGUUCUAUUGGAUAAAGUUGAAGAAAUUUCCAAAACAGAAACCUCUGCAAGUUCAGAUGUUCCAAUUCUUCCAUUGAUGUUGUCUCAGUUGCGAUAUGUGACACAGUCUCAUGAGGAUUUAAUUUACACACGAAUUGUUGAUAUAUUCGAAGGAGCUGUUACAUCUGUUCAAUGGGAUAUAAUUGCCAAUGCUGAAAUGGUUUUUAAAUCAUCCAAACAUGAUGCUUUUGCUGAGAUGCUGUUAAACAAUUUUGCAAGUAAUAAAGAUGUUUUCCAUUCGAUUACAACAAAAACUUUUACCAAUUUGUGCCUAUCGCCAAAGAUGCAAACCAAAUUAAGAAAGAAAGCAGUUAACUAUAUUAAGGAUGGAUGUCCGCCAAAGAUGCUUCCGUUGUUGGUUAAACUCUUUUUAAAAAUAUUGAAUGAAGAUGACGAAGAUGUUCUACGUGAUCUGGUAACCGACUUAAGAGAUAUUUUAAUGGGAGAGUUUGAUUGUAGUAAGCCAGAAGUAGAAAAAUCACUUGUAGAUGUCUUUAAUAACAUAACUCAAGGAUUGACGAGGUCGAAAUCAUUUUUCGAUAGUUGGCAGAGACUUAUUCAAAAUCUAGCACCUGCUAAUUUUAGACCCAUUGAUUUUGUCAUUUUAUUAAAAAUGAUUUCAAUCAAAGAAGAACGAAGCAAUUCCAUUGAAACUAUUAUACGCCGUCGAAUAAAACUUGAACACAUAACAAUCGAUAUUCUAACUGUUACCAAAGACAAAUAUGCGCCUAUCUUAGGUCAGCUAAUAAAUAUCUUCCUUCAGAUCUUACAUGAUUUCCUUAAAGAAAAAAAUAAGCUCAUAUCUGAUUUCGCUAGAAAUUCAUACAACAUAAUCUUUGGAGUUAGUGAAUCGACACAAAAGGAUAUCCUGUUAAAACUUGUUGAAUUGACUUGUGAUAAAUCACCUUCGAGUAUGACAACAGCCGCAUUGGAAUUAAUAAAAGAUAUACGAAUAAAAUAUCCAGCAAAUGUACAAAAUUGGGGAAUGGUUUUAAUGCCUCUUUUAGAUCGAAUUAGUGACAUGAAUUUACCACAAACUCGUCUCGUUAUGGAAUUACUUUGUUCGAUUGCAUUUCCUGCACCGCCACUUGAUGAAUGUCCAGCAUUGCAAGAUCAAAUCGAUAUGUUGGUUAAAAAACAAAUUAUCAAUCGAAUGCCCAAGGUAAAGAAACAGGGAAUCAUAGGAGCUGUACAAAUGAUCGACAAUGUUGCAAGGAUCGACGAGGAAGAAACGGAUUGUAUGUAUGAUUUAAACACAUCAUAUAAUACAAUUGAAGAACUUCCAGAGGGGAGAGGCAAGAUUGCUGCAAAUUAUAUUUCUCGAGUGCAUUCAACAACUUUAUAUUGCCCUGAAUCUUUGGCCUUAUUCUAUGAUGAGCUGGCAAGCGUUUGCUCUUCAAACAACCAACGGAAUGAAAACGCACUUUGUUUGGAUCGACCUUUUGUAAUUUGGUUAUGUGAGCUUAUAACAUAUUAUUUUCAAAAUAGUUUUGUUAUAGAAGAUAAUCCCAAGGAAGAAUUAGGAAUUAAACUUUCUUAUCAAAAAUGUAUCAACACACCAGAAGACACAAAUACGCCAACUGAAAGUGAAUUGGUUCCAAUUGCUGUUAACAUAUCUCAACUGGUUUUGAGUCCUUCAACAGAAGCGUCAUCUUCUAUUCUUGUCUUGGCUCCAUUAUUUAAUCUUAUGAGAGUUUUGCAUUUUGCUAGAUAUGAUGGUAGUCUUGAGAUGAUUAAUGCUCUUCUUGGAUGUGGUAUUAUUUUGCCAAAAGUAUUCGAAAAUAUCGACAAUGUUGAUAUCUUUUAUGAAUAUGACGAAGUUCAAAGUAAAUACAUUUUGGAUAUUUACUUUCACACCGUCAAUUGGAUACGUGAAACAAUUAGUUCAUUUUCUUGUCAGAAUGAUCCAAUGAUUCGUGGAAAGGUACUCAUUCGUCUGGUAGAUUUGAUAAAAAUUGAAGAAUCUGUUCGAAAAUUGUUGGUUCAUGCUCCAGCUGAUUAUAUUCCACCGAUUUGUCAAUUUAUGACGAUGCCUACUCCUCCAGUGCCGAUUAAAAAAACUGCUGGACGAAAGAAACCAUCAGGCAAGGGAGGAGAGAAGAAGAAAAACCUAAAUGCAUCAUCAGAACCAAUGGAAACAGAAGCUACUAUGGCUAACAUGACAGUUGCAAGCACAGCAAGAAUAAGUACAUCUAAACCGACAAAAUCAUACUUGGGAAAAUUUGAAACAACAUACGGACCAAAAGAAAUUUACAGACAAAUGAAUCCAGACAUAAUGUUAAUUUUAAAAGCUAACUUCAGUAUUAAAUAUCCUCGCCCCGAAGAAGAAAUUCAAAAUUCCAUUGGACUUUUAGAAUUCAAAUUCAUCAUAACCGAUGUAGUGAAUAAAUUAGAAUCAAUAACAGGAGUUAAAAAAUUCACCACAGACCAACAAUUGCAGUAUAUAAGUUAUCCAAUUUAUUUUAUAACCGAUAUUGUUAAUCAAUUUCUUGAUCCGAUUAUGAAUAAUUUCCAUGAGAUUUCAACUGCUAUUCUAACAACAGUUCAACGUGUAGAUGGUGCAUUGGGCAAUGCUGAUCUAUUCACUGAUGAAAUGAAUUAUCUAAAAAUUUGUUUUGGUUUGUGUCUUCGUUUGUUAGCUGCUUUAUUUUCUUGGUCUGGAUUUGGUGAUGCUGCAAAUAAGAAAAUUCUAAAAGGAGCUUUACUCGGAGUCUUGGGAAAAUCAGUUCGUCAACAAUAUAUCAACAAGGAUACGUCAACUUUAGCCUUUGAGGUUUUUAAUAAAUGUCGCGCAACUGAAGCCAGUGCAGUCGAUAUUAAAUCAGCUGUACAUCUUUAUCAUUUGAUACAAUCUCUAACGAAAUUUGCCACGAAAAAGGAUUUGGAACAAGAUACAAAAAACCUUUGCAAAGUUUUACUUUGUCGAAAAUGGUUUAAUUUUGAUGGAACAAUGGAACGAGGCACAAUAUGUAAUAUUUAUUUAGACGAACUCGUCAAAGGAUAUUUAAGAAGAUCCGAUUUCCGUCGCCAAAAGACUAUAUUGACAGCAAUUCUGGAAGAAACGAAAUUUUUGAAAUCCAAAGAAAAUUCCCUACGAUCGUUUCCUAAUUUUAAUAAGGCAAAUUUUCCAAUGCUGUUCAGAGGACUUUGCGAAACUCUUAUAGGCACUCUAAGUGCUGCAGUAAGUGAAUCAAAGCAAGGUGGAUCAGAUCAACUUAGAGUUUGGGAGAAAAGUUGUGAAAUAUUAAAUACCCUUUUGGAAAUCGUACAAUCUUUGGAUAUUCCAAGAAAUUUUUCACUGUUUUUGAAACAUGCACAUUUUUAUUUAAAAAUUGUUCUUCAACAUGGAUUGGCUGUGUAUGAAAAUUUCCUUAGAGAAAAUCCCGAAAGAGUCAAUGAAUUGCUGAAGAAUCUACAAGUGACUACAAGAUUUUUACACAAUCUUUGUUGUCACUCGAAAGCUCUCAAAAACACAUCAAUUUUGAGUCUUAUACCACCUCUGCGUGAAACUGUAGAGAAUUUAGUAUUUCGUGUAAAAGCAUUGCUGGCGGCAAACAAAUGUGCAUCAGUCUUUUGGAUGGGUAAUCUUAAAAAUAAAGAUCUACAUGGUGAUGAAAUCUUAUCACAGACCUCUUCAUGGAGUUCGGCAGCAAAUGAUGCAAAUAGUGAUGAAGAAAUUCCAGAUGAUGAUGCUAGCAUAGAAGAAACUAUACUUGGUGAUAAUGAAAAUGAUAGCAAUGCGACGACAAUGAAUUCAAUAACUGAUGCAUCAAGAAGUACUUGUAUUUAAAAAAACAAAAUGGAAAUAUAUAAACAGUAUUAAACAAAGUUGAACAGAUGAUUCACAAAAUCACACAAGUAACAGGAUUCAUAUUUCUCAGUUCGCUUAUUGAAAAUACCGUCAAGACAAACAAAAAGUAACACCCUUGCAAGUCCAACAAAAAAAUUGUCAGAAGAAAACUACAUAAAUUGUUACUUUAAACAAAUAUGAUGUUACCCUUUCUGGCUGCCAAGAAUGGAUUCAAAAAUGAACUUCUUUGUACAACUGGAGAACUACAAAUCAAUUAUGAACUGCAUCACAUGUGGUGUUGCUCAAAACUGAAAAUUUGUACCCUUUCUCUAUAGUUUUAAAAACCUCCGAGCAACCGACUGGAAGUGAAUUUUAAAACCUGCUUUUUGCUAACAAUUUAUUAAUUUGACUUCUGCAGAAAAUGGUCCAUUGGAAUCAAAUCAUCCGUCAGAGCAUCAUCUUGAAUCUCCAAAAUCAAAACAAACUAUCAGCUUAAUGCACCACCAAAUAUCUAGGAAUCAACUUUAAAGAGUCUUUGAGAUUCGAUCCACUCUCUUAUUCCUAAUGAAUAGAAGGACCGGCUGAAACUAGCCAACAAAAGUCUUGAUCUAAAACA